AUGCGCCUCCCCAUCGCCGGCAUCGUCGCCGCGCUCUUCGCGGUGCAGACCAUCGCGGCGCCGAUCAUGUACAUGCGCGACGCGGCCGCGGGCGACGCGGACCUCGUGGUGCGCGCCGCGAAGAAGGCCGCGCCGAAGAAGGCCGCCCCGAAGGCUGCGCCGAAGAAGGCCGCCCCGAAGCCGAAGCCGGCCGCGAAGAAGGCGGCGCCGAAGCCCGCUGCGAAGAAGGCCGCGGCGAAGGCGCCUGCCAAGAAGGCCGCUGCACCUGCAAAGAAGGCCGCUGCACCUGCAAAGAAGGCCGCCGCCAAGGCCCCCGCCAAGAAGGCCGCCGCACCCGCCAAGAAGGCCGCCAAAGCGCCCGCCGCGAAGAAGGACGCGAAGGCGCCCGCCAAGAAAGCGGCUGCUAAGGACGCGAAGGCGCCUGCUGCGAAGAAGGACGCCAAGGCCCCGGCCAAGAAGGCCGCCGCGAAGAAGGGCGAUGCUAAGAAGGACGCGAAGGCCCCAGCGAAGAAGGCCGCCGCCAAGGCCCCGGCGAAGAAGGGCGACGCGAAGGCCCCCGCGAAGAAGGCCGCUGCCAAGGACGCGAAGAAGGCCGCCAAAGCGCCCGCCGCCAAGAAGGCCGCGAAGGGCAAGGCGACCGCCACCAAGGCCGCGAAGGGCGCCAAGGCGAGCAAGGCCGCCAAGGGCAAGGCGACCGCGUCCAAGGCCGCGAAGGGCGCGAAGGCGAGCAAGGCCGCCAAGGGCAAGGCCGCGAAGAAGGGCAAGGACGCGAAGGGCAAGGCCGCGAAAGCGAGCAAGGCCGCGAAGGGUGCCAAAACCACCGCCCCCGGCGCCCCCGCCCCGACUGCACCACCGGCCCCGCCUGCGGACAACGGCGCCGCGCCCCCGCCACCACCACCGGCCAACACCCCGCCACCGGCUGACAACAACACCAACGCGAACAACAACAACAACAACGCACCCCCGCCCCCACCCGCUAACAACCCACCCGUCGACAACGGCGCCGCUGCUCCCCCACCACCCCCCGUCGCCGCCCCCCCGCCACCACCCGUCGACACCGGCCUCGGCGCAGGCGUCGGCGCGGGCACGGGCGUCAUCGGCACCAUCGGGCAGGGCAUCGCGGACGGCAUCGCGGGCGGCGCCGCCGCGGGCAUCGCGAACGGCAUCGGCGCGAUCACGGGCGGCAUCCCCGGCGUGGGCGCGCUCCCCGGCACGCCCAUCAUCGGGAAUACGCCCAUCGGGGCCGGACUUGGCGUCGGGGGUGCGGCGGUGGACCCCGUGACGGGCCUCCCGAUCGACCCUGCGACCGGCCUGCCCGUCGACCCUGCCACUGGCCUCCCGAUCGACCCCACUACCGGCCUCCCGGUGGACCCUGCGACCGGCCUCCCAGUUGACCCUGCUACUGGGUUGCCCGUCGACCCCGCCGCUGGGGCCCCGGCGAUCGAGGACCCCAACGCCAUCAACAACGCCGCCGCUGCGCCCGUCGAGGGCGACGUCGCGGCCGCGGUCGAGCCGGAGGGCAGCGUCGAGCCCGCUGUGGAAGGCGAGGGCGAGGGCGCGGUCGUCGAGGGCGAGGCUGGUGUUGAGGGCGAAGGUGCCGCUGUUGAAGGUGAAGUAGUUGAAGGCGAGGCUGGCGCGGAGGGCGAGGUGAUCGUGGACGGCGCGGUGCUCGACCCCGAGGCGGUCGCGGACGCCGUGGCCAUCGUGUAG